UUACUGAAGUUUCAUAAGUGUGGUUCGUGUUGCUGCAUUAUUGAAACCAUGAUUAAACGGCCCUCUAGUAAGGACAGUGAAAAUGACAUCCUUCAGAUGCAGCAGGAGUUUUUCGCGGAAUCCAAUCGUAAUGCUGGUUUUCAACCCGCGGCAAAGGUUGUUCGCUUGCAGUCUGAUGGUGGAGACAGGAAACCUGAAUCGGAAGAGAGAGUUUCAGCUCCGCGUAAAUCCGAGUUUGCUCGUCGACGUGGUCUCAAGAAAGCUGAACAAUUGCAGACAAACCCUGCAAAAGAAACACUUCCAGCAAAUACGGUAAUCGGUGAAAUUGUGGAAAAGCGAUACGAUCAAGCCUUUUCGGUGAUGGAUACGAGUGAAGCUGAAGUAACGGAUGCUUUUCCAAAGCCUGUUCCGUUGAGAGUGCGUGGCGGAAAUCCAACGAACAAUAAAAGCUUAUUUGCCCAGAUGUUUGACCGGAGCGAAAAGCUGCAUACAAGUGCCAAGAAAGUCAAGUUUCAACUCCAAGACUCCAAGAGUGUCAUUCUGGAAGGUGAAGAUGCACCGGAUAUACACGAGGAAAAUCUGCAAAAAAUGCAACAAAUGAGUCAAGAGGAAAUUCUCAAGGAGAAGGAACAUCUUCUGGGAACGAUGGAUCCUAAAUUGGUUGAGUUCCUUAAAGCCAGGAAGAAGGGCAAAACUGUGGCUCAAACGGAUAAACCAGAGCCAAUUCCUGAAGUUGAAGAAUUGAACGUGGAAGUACCUAAUUUAGAGGUGCUCCAGCAGGAAGGCUCCGAACAGUGGAUAAAUUUUAACAUUCUAGAAUCGGAAAAACUAGAAUGGACGCAAAACAUUCAUAAAAGUUUACGGGAACUAAAGCCUGGAGAAUCGUUUGAAGCUCGUUUUGACUGGAAGGGUGUGCUUCAACCUUACGUUGAUAAGAAACAAAAGCAAGAGACGGACGACCGUGAGUUAUAUCUUCACGGAGAAGAUGCAGAUCGUCCCGGAUAUACUCUGCAGGAGUUGUUUCGUUUGGCUAGGGCAAAUGUGCUGCAGCAACGAGUCGCUGCUCUGAACGCAAUCGGUGGAAUCUUAAAUAUUUUCAAUCAGGGUUUUUACGACGGAGUGUUGGAGCUUCCAAUUUCGAAGAUUUUCUUUUUUCUACGUUUUGCCCUCGAUGAAAAUACUCCGGUCGUAGUGGAAGCAGCAUCACGCGCUUUGGCUUUCUUGUUUUACAAUGACACAGACGAAACUCUACUGGAUACAAUUUACGAUACGAAACGGGGGAUUUACCAGCCGGAAUUGGAUUUGAACGUAACGCACAGUCGCCAGGAAGAAGACGAAAAGCGUCGCCAGCGAGACCUAGAGAGUAACUUUGAGUCCCUGAAAUUGAGUGACAAACGAUCCGCCUCAAAUAAAACGGGGAGAACAACUCAAAAGGUUCGUUUUCAAGCACAGCUGGAUGAUGAUCCUGAUGAUUUGACCAACAGAGAAUCGAUGAAUGAUUACCAUUUGGCAGAAACUGAUUUGUUGGAAUGUUUACUACGAACUAACGUUCUCGAGCGAAUUCGAUAUAUUUUGUUUACGAUGCGUCCCGAAGGUAGCACCAGCAUCAGUUGCGCAAAGCUGCUAAUCCGUUUGGCUCGAACUAACCGUUCGAUUGCGGAAAAAAUAGCUACCAAUCAGCAGCUAAUUCAAGGCCUGAUUGGAAGUUAUUUGGGUGGUUCUGUCGGUGGAUUUGAGCCGAGCAAACAAGAACCACAGCAUUUACUUAUCAAACUAUUGCGUGUGUUGUGUUCCUACGAUAGAGACUUCUAUGAGCGUCAUUUUGAGCGAUUGCAUGUGACUAGCCUGUUGAAGCGAUAUGUUUUCACCAGAAGUGAUAUAAAUGUGAAAAUCAUACAGGUCCAGAUUGAGACGUUUCGUUUUCUCCGACUUAUCCUCAGAUGUAUGCGAGAUGAUGAUCUUUUUCGCGAAAUUUUGCCGGCUCUGUUCUACCUGCUAGAGUGGCACUACCAGCACCUGACCAUGGAGGAAAGCGAACCGUUCAUCAUCCGUCAGCACGCUGCAGCCUUGUUAGCGCUAAUUGGCUAUGAUCAUUUGCAGGCGGCAGCCGGAUUGACCCCGCAGAACUGUGACCGAUUGUUUGCUUGUUUUAGCAAGUGGUUUAAUGCCGCCACUAAGCACGGAGCGGAUGAGUUUUCCCAGAAGCUGCUGCUCGCUGUCUGUCUCGAGACCGCCGGCAAGGUACGACCGGUAGCAACGAGCUUCUAUCACAACUUUACCGAUGGAUAUUUGCUGCCGUUUCUCAAGAGUCCUAGGUUUGAUAACCUGGAGAAGGAACUGAGCAAUUCACACUUACUUAACCCCGAACGGACUGCAGAACGAAACGAACGAAUACCGCCCCUUCCGAACCUGGGAGGAAUUCUUACAAGUGAUAGCACGCCGCCCUCGCUCGUACUGACGAAGUGCUAUCCGGUGUUUUUCCUUGAUUCACUGCUCGACUUUUUGCGGGUGCACGCCGCCGUACACCACGAUCGACGGCCACUGGAACGGUUUGUGCAUAGUUCCAAUCACUUUCACUACCUGAGCGCCCUCGCCGGUGCUGUUUCGAUGCCGACGAGCCACAAGAACUCAAAUGACAGCUGCAGCCAAACGACGACAAAUUGGUUUCUGAAAACCGAACUGCACUAUCUUCUUGAGCUACUGACCGUACUGGUGGAAAGUCGUCAUCGCGAAAAACCAAUUUCCUCAGAAGACACGGGCAUGGAGGACACGGAAAUGGUACGCGAUGCCAGGUGCAGCGACCCGCAGCUGCUGCUUGGGGUGGCCUUCAAGCUGCUACUGAAUCUCAGCGAAGAAUUUUAUCCGAUGAUUGUGAAACUGUUCGAUGAAAUAGUUUUUGCGAGGGAUUUCUAUUCCAUUGGUAAUGUGACGGCAGAGGAUAUGCAACGGUGGAAGUUCACCUACAAAAUUAAACUGAAUACGCUGGUAACGAAUGAGGUGAAUCAGACCAGUUCCGGCAAUGGCUUCAUCAUUGUCGGGUGGCGAACGCCGCUCCUGUCAGCAACGUGGCCGUACUCGUUGUUGUACCUGUUGCUGGAGAAGCUCGAACGGGGUGCUUCACAGCUGGAACUUUUCCACGAGGAACAAAUCAUCCAAACGUCGCUAUCGUUUUCCGAACUGGUGGAAAACAAUUCCAUCCGGCUGGCAACAGCUACCGAGAAGCUAAUGUAUUUGAUGACAUCUUUCCUUGGACCGGAUUCCAAGUUUCUUGACGCUCAAAUUUCGUCGCUUAUCACGCGCCGCAUUGAUGCUCUGCGGGAGGAGAUGCAGCGCGCUGGUGUGCGGUUUGAUUUUGAAACCAGACUCGAGGGAAAGAAAAGUUAUCAUGGACUGUAUCAGUUGAUGUUAGAUAUUUUCCAGAGCUCUAGCUAUGGCCAUGCAUCCUUCAGUGCCCUGGUAAUGGCACCGUUGGCUCAAAUUUACGAUAUCCAGUGGCGUAAUCUGGUAUGGUCAGAGCACGUGGCUGUACUUAGGUUCAUUACUUGCACUGAGCAACAGCUCUUCGGGUCAAUAGACGACUAUCUGCUGCCAGCGGAGACGGACGUUACGCUACUCAGGUAUUACAGCCAAGCUUUGAAUUCGAACCUCUUACGUCCGGGCUCGAUCCCGGCCCGGCUGGCUGCUCAUCACGUGAAUACUUAUCGAACCGGUAAAACGGCUGCCGGUGGAACGGUGAAGCAUUAUGAGACUGACGAUAAAUAAAGA